UUGUAUUUCCAUUGAUGAAGAGUGAACUUCAGAAAAAAAAAUAGAAAAAAGUUUGCAAAAGUUCUUUUGAUCAAAUCGUAAGGAAAGUCACUUGUCAAAAUCAUUUCAGCUGACAAUAUGUGAUAAAUUCUGAUGCACUGCUAACGAGAAUGGCCGAAAUAGGCCCUCCUGUCACGAUAACUGAACUCAUAAAGCUGACUAAUGUAGGUAUACCCCAAGAACAAGUGACUUGGUCGAGAGUGACCUUGUCCUCGGACAGAUGGAUCGCAAUAAGACAUGGCAAGAAAAAAGAAGAUGGCACUAAAUGCAUGGUAACUGUGUUAAGUUUGAAGGAUGGGUCAGUAUCAUAUGCUGGACAGACAAGUGCUGAUUCUGUCCUUAUGAACCCCACAAAACCUAUCAUCGCACUAAAAGCUGAUCAGAGAUUUGAGAUCUUUAAUGUGGAGACUAAAUUGAUGCUGACCAAAACUAAGAUACAUGAUCCGGUUUGUUACUGGACGUGGCUUAACUCAGACAUUAUCGCUAUAGUAACUGAUACUGCAGUCUUUCACUGGAGUUUGUUUAAAACUAAAGACAGUCAGCCAGAUAAAGUAUUUUUGCGGCACAGUCGACUUGCAUUUAGCGAAAUCACAAGUUACAAAGCCGACAGUAAUCUAAGAUGGUUUGCAAUUACUGGACUCACUCCUGAGGAGGACAGAAUCUCAGGUCUCACACAGCUAUACAAUAUGGAUGAGGACAUAACUCAGGUGAUAGCAUGUCAUGCUGUCUGUUUUGACACUUAUAAAUUUGCUGGUAAUUCUUGCCCAUCAACCGUAUUCUGUGUUGGCUCCAGGGACAUCAGUUCCUAUGGAAAAGUACAUGUGAUAGAGCUUGGACCUUACCAGACAGGUAACUUUGCCCCCAGGAACACCUAUGAUCAGAUACAUUUUGGAGAAAUGCCUGAGCAGUAUGACUUCCCAGUGGCAUUACAUGUGUCUGCCGAGUAUGGACUGGUAUUUAUGCUGACAAAGUAUGGAUGUUUGUUUCUAUGUGAUAUGGAGACGUCAACAUGUCUAUGCAGUAUGAGGGUCUCAGAGGAUAUCAUCUUUACCUCAACAAUAAACACAGAGACACAGGGUUUUAUUGGUGUUACACGGAGAGGACAGGUGCUUGCUGUUGAUAUCAAGAAGGAGACCUUGAUCAACUAUGUACGUGAUACUGCCAAGAAAGGGAACCAGGCAGAUAGAUUAGAGAGGGCAAUUGUCACAAUCAACGAGCCGGGGUCCAGCUCACAGUUACCAUAGUGAUAUUAUAUAUAAUAUAUUGGGUAGAAUGUUUUGUGUAGUAUUACAAUUGUUUUAAGAUUAUUUUUUUUUGUUCGAAUAUUUUUUUUUUCUCCCAGUAAAUAUUUUUUCACACUUUACUUCUCGUUAUAGAUUUGUUUUUAAUUACUUACUUAACAGUAUAUAUUUGUUUGUAGGAGGCAUUGUUAGCUGAUACCUUUAUAUAUAUAAUAUGAUUUUUUCUUUUAAAGGGUAAAAAUUUUUGCUUUUUGUUCUUGAAUAAAUUAUUAACACAAAUAGUUUUUAAAAGUGAAAAGAUAAAAUGCUGCAGUUUCAAACUGUGUUGGGAAGGGAUGGAUGCCAUGAAAUUUUGUCCCGUUUGUUGGUCAACACAUUUUAUUUUUUGCCAUCACAUUUUCAUCUUCUAGUUUGAAGCCAUUAUAAUUUGACACAAUAUACCUUUAGACAAGGGUUUUGUUUCGCAUUAUUGAAGAAUAACUUAGAUCAUUAUAGUAAAAUACCUUGACCUUCAAAGUCAAGUGUUUCAAAAUUUUGGAAAUUUCAGCUACUCAUGGUUAAUUGUCAACAAAUCUCAAAAUGGGGAUGGGGGAAUUUGUAUGUAUUUUUGACAAAACCCAUUUCUCUUUUUAAAUGCUGAUGGAAUGCUUAAACUGAUUUUAGGUGACAGUAGAACAUGUAUAAUGUCAUCUUAAGUGUAGAAUGGUUUGGUAAAUAUCUUGAUUUAAGGGUUUUUUUUCUCUCAUACAUCUUGGUUUUCAGUCUGGAUAUAUUUUUGCAAAAUCAUUUCAAUGAUUGCAGCUAUACAUGCUUAUCUUGAUGAUAUACACAUUUUUAUAUGUUUCGUAAGAUUUUUUUAUUACAUUAUAAAGUCCAGACCCUCUGUUAAACUUACAUAGCAUUAUAUUACUAUGUGUAUAUUACUUGCAUGUGUAUAGAUAUACGAGAUGAAAUCUAGUCUAAUAUUAUGUAUCAAAUGAUAGACCACCAAAUAAAUAUUUCAGCAUAUAUCAUUUUAAAUUUCAUAAAUGAAAUCACAGUUAUUAAGUUUUUGUUGUAGAUUUAAAUUCUGAUUCACCUGUUAAAGGUACUUGUAUAUCUAAUGAAAUUGAGCGUCGGCAUAAGAAAACAACACUUAAUGUGACGUCAAAAAAAGCAAACAUUGUCAAUUGACAGGUUAAAAAUGAAAGAAUUACCCUUGAAAUGUUAAGUGUUAUUAUGAAUAGGUAACAAUAGGCACAAUGCAGAAAUUUUUUAUUUACUUCAAGAGCUUUAAAAUUGAAUUUCAUUAAGAAUUUUAAUAUGUCAAUUUUAAAAAAAGUAAUUGACGUUGAGGGCUAUUUUGUUAUGCCGACAGUCAAUUAUUAUACAAAUGUUCUUAUAUCUAAUGAAAUAUACAUCUGUUCUUUUUUAUAGAAAAACUUUAAAUUUUGGAAUUCCAAAUUUGUCUUUUGCCAGGAUUUUACAACACAAGUGUGUGCAAUAGCUUUAUUUUAUAUAGUGUCAUAUAUGUAAUGUUGAGCUGUUAUGUCAUUUUAAUAUUUACCAGUAUGUAUGACAGUUCUGUUUGUAAUGUCAUAUAACAGUUGAACAGUGCUAUAGUGUUCAAUAUUUUAUAAAUAAGUAGACCCAGUACAACUUCUUUGUAAUGUCGUUUUCACAUGGAACAGUGCUGUUAAUAAUGUUAUUUUCAUAUAAAACAGUGCUGUUAUGUUGGGUUUUUUUUGCCAAAUAAAACAGUGCUGUUGUAAUGUUCUAUUCAGUGCUGUUAAUUAUUUAAUAUAUAAGUAGACUAGUACAGUCUGUUAUAUUGUUUUCACAUGGAAGAGUGCUGUUUAUAAUUUUGCUGUUCAUAUUAAACAGUGCUUUUAUGUCGGGGAGGGGUUCACAUUGAACAGUGCUGCUGUAAUGUGUUGUUGUUUUUUCACAUAAAACAGUGCAGCUUAUUAUUGUAUUUACUUGUGGAGCUGUGCUGCUGCUUGUUAUGCCAUGUUAAAGUAGAACAGUGUUUUGUUUUCUUUACAUGUAGGGCAUUGCCAUUUGUAACAUCUUUUUCACAUAGAAUAGUACUGUUUCUUAUGUCUGUUUCAUGUAGACCAGUGUUGUUUCUUAUGUCUGUGGUAUCUUAUGUCUAUUUCACACAGAACAGUACUGUUUCUUAUGUCUGUUUCAUUUAGAACAGUACAGUUUCUUAUGUCUGUUUCACAUAGAACAGUACAGUUUCUUAUGUCUGUUUCACAUAGAACAGUACAGUUUCUUAAGUCUGUUUCACCUAGAACAGUACAGUUUCUUAUGUCAGUUUAACAUAGAACAGUACAAUUUCUUAUGUCUGUUUCAUGUAGAACAGUACAGUUUCUUAUGUCAGUUUCAUGUAGAACAGUGCUGUUUAUUAUGUGUGUUUCACAUAGAACAAUGUUGUUUCUUAUGUCUGUUUCAUGUAGAACAGUGCUGUUUAUUAUGUGUGUUUCACAUAGAACAAUGUUGUUUCUUAUGUCUGUUUUAUGUAGAACAGUGCUGUUUCUUAUGUCAGUUUCACAUAGAACAGUGCUAUUUCUUAUGUUUGUUUCAUGUCUUUGUAAGCCAGAACUAGGGCAUUGCUAAUAUUACCACAUAAAAUUUGUUAGUGUUAUUUAUGGUGACUUUAAUUAUUUAACAACAACAACAACAAAACUCAAUGCAUUUUGUUGUAAUAUUCAUGUGUAUGUUGAUUCAAUGGUUUGAAUUUUGUUUGAUUACCCUUUGAUAAAACUUUAUUUGUGAAAUUGAAGUUAACAGUUUUUGCACUCUAUGGCAUUAUUUUGAUUUCUGUACAGAUAAGUGACAUAGUUUUGUUUAUGUAAACUAUGACUUAAUGUGUGUUUCUGUACAUUCGGUUUAUGUACACCAUGUCAUAAAGUUUGGCUUCUGAACACUGUCAUAAGUAUGGUUUAUGUACGCUUUGACACAAGUUUUGUGUACAGGGCUUCCACUAGUGGAAGUUUGGGAGUCAUUUUCUCCUGAUUUUGGCUUGUGACUUCCAAAAUGUAACCUUUUUCCUUCUUUACCUAUAUAAUGUGACUUUCUGUGUCAGAUAUGUUGCAGUAUCUGACUUCCAAAUUGUGGAACUUAAUGAUAUCCUUGCUUUGUAUGUACACAGUAUAAACUACAACAUAGAACUUUAUGUACACUAAGCCUGAGAAAGAAGUACAUACAGUAAGUUAUAGAUUACUGUUGAAUUACUAUCUACGGUUUACACAAUCCUGUGUAUAUAUUGUUAUAUAUUUCAUAGCUUUAAGAAAAUUAUAAAUGCUAAAUGCUAUUUUAUAAUAGAAAUCAUCUUUGUAUUUUGUUUGUUCAUGUUGAGUAAAUCAUUGUAUGCCAUUUAAAAUAUGUAUCUUUCUGUGUAACGUCAUAAUAAUUAUUGAUUUAUUGUAUUCACAUACCUACCUCUUCAUACAUAUAUAUAUGCCAUUUUUUAGACUUUAUUUAGAUAUGUAUUUAUUUUUGCUUUUUCUUGUAUAUCCAUUGAAUAUAAUGCACAAAUCAGACGUAGCUAGGCCACUGCUACAGAAUUGUGGUGACUGUACCACAUAGAUAAACUCCUGCUUAAAUUAUAAGAUAAAUCCCCAAUUGGCCCAUGCACUGUUAAGCAGAUGAAAGGCAAAACUUGCCUAACUUCCCAUUCUUAUGGUAUUAUACACACUGGGGAUGAGGUGGCCAGAGUUAAAAUUGACUGAUGGUAUUAUUGAGUGGCAAUCUCAUUAAAAUCAGAUCAACGUUUUUGCUCUGUAACUAUUCGCUACAUCAUCAUUUUCGCUUUGUUACUCUUCGCUACAAAGCCUACGUAGUGAAGGUUAGUUGAGCGACAAUUAGGAUAUUAUUUUAAUUUGAUUGGAUUGAGAUCACUGGCAUUUAAUUACUUGUC